AUGUUGAAGCAAUUGAUUAUCCCUUCUACUUUAUUAGCCUCAGCUGCACUCGCCGCUACAAACAAGUUUCAAGUUACAGUUAGUACUGAGGAUAUUGGUGGUGACUCCAUUGACUCGUUGGACACUAAGCCUUUAACUAUUCAUUUUGACAAAAAUUCUUUGACACCAGAGUUAAUGGAACAUCUGCUUCAUGCCUCCAACUUGGUUUUCCCUGAUCUUCCUGAAAUACCUGAAUUUAUUAAUUUGAAGGAAUAUGAUAUUGUGGACGCAAAAACAGAUGAAAAUCUAAUCACUGAAGCAACAGACACCUACUUUGAAGAAGAAGAGUUUGAAACUGACAGUGAUGGGGAUUUUGAUGAAAUGUAUAAGAAACAUAUGCAACAAACUGAAAAGAAAGCUAACGAUGGUGACAAAGGUACAGACGGUUCUAUGAAUGGUUUUGACGAUGAGGAGUGUGAAGAGGUGUAUGGUGAUGAAGAUGAUGAGGAUGAUGAAGAUGAUGAUGAUUUUAAAUUGUUAAGCAACGGAGAAAAAAAUUUACAAGCCAAACAGGGAACUAAUGGCACCAUGAGUGAAACAACUCAAACUUUUACGAGCACAUUUGAAAGUACUACCACAUUAACUUCGGCACAAGCAGCUACAGCUACCUCAAUGACACAAAAUUCAAAUGGAACAACUGCAACUAUUACUCAAGAAGGGUUAGCUUCAAACCCAAAUGUUUUUUCAGGCUACAUUUCAGUCUUUACCUUUGUUUCAUUUAUUUCUUUCAUGCUGCUCUAG